CCAAAUGACUAUCAGACGGAGAGCGCCGUCGCCACUCCUCCGCCAAUCCGGCAUCGCCGACUAUUGCAUUGAUUAUUCAUUCCCUACGUUUUAGAUUGGUAGAUAUUCGCACUUUGCAGCUAAGCCAUUUGGUUUUGUAUGAGUAAAUGUAUUUAUCGGAAUUUGCAGUGAUCGUUUGGUGAUAGAAUUUAGACUGAAAUCUUUCCAAAAUGUACUGAAGAAAACUGUAUCCCUCCAAUCUUUUAAAGUUCUUGGUGUUGGCCAACACCCACAUCAUGUCUUCUCUGGGGAUCUGUGUUAACCCUCUGGCUUUCCGAUGAAGCACACAGUAUUCUUGAGAUUAUUCCUUUUCUAUCAGUUUAGAUGUGCAAUGAGAAUUCUUGAUCUUUCCAGGCAUUCCUUUAUUUUAAACAUCACAUUGGUGGUACUACUUUUCAGCAGAGUUUCAUGUCUCUAUAAGGUGGUUACUCCUCAUGAAAAAUACAUUUCACAGUCAUACUUUGAGAAGCAUGAUACCUUGACAGAUUCAGCAUUUGAACAUUUUGUUGCCCAUGAAGUUGUGUACGGAUCAUGUGAAUUGGCGAAAGAGGGUGAAGUUGGGUUGAAGAUUAUGUCUUUAGAUCAGAAACUGAUUGGUGAAGGUUCACAUCGUCGUCUAUUGUUGUCAAUCAGAUUGAAGAUUUUGCUCGAGUGCAACUCCAAAUAUCAAUGUGAAGCUAUAAUCAUUGAGAGAUUACCAUCUGGACUCUUUGGGGAUUCAUUUGAACUGGAACGUUUGGCGCAACGUGGUGCGUUUAAGGAAGCAGGUGUAUUUGGAGACACGAAUUUAGAGUUGCCUUCUUUUCGCUCCAAUCGGUCACUAAUUGAGGUUCACUUUGAUAUGGGCUCUAAGUUAUUAUCAACGCACGAGGGUGAAAUAGAAUUCAAAGUUGAGCUUCCACUGCAUGCCCGUUAUCAGCCACUAGGGCACGGCUUUUCAAGAGUUAUGUUUGGCCCUCCGGAUUUAUUCGUGCGGUAUAGCACUGAAAGAAAAGUGGGGGAGAAAUGUUUGUUUCCAUUAGACUACCACACUGCUGAACCUGAAGAAGUUGAUCUUGUGUGGGAAAUACCUUGUGGAGACAAAGAUCAUACAGAAAUCAUAUCAGCUAUUACUUUCAUAUCUGCUAUUCUAUCAGCUCUUCUAAUUAUAUAUGUAUCUGUGUACUAUUUCUCUUAGUAAUACUUGUCUUGACUCUUGAUCUUAAGUGGUGCUGACAAGGGUUAGGCUACAUUUGUUCUGGGUAAUUUGCAUCUAAAUUUAAUGACUUUAUGUAGUAAGUUUGUUACUGAUGAAUGGAGAAAACUUCCUUAUAUUUUCAGGAUAAAACAGUGGUUUUUCU